AUGGAAGGAAUCCGUGCUACAAGGCGAGCUGCCAGUCAUGGAGCCCUCAAUGCCGCCUAUAAUAAUCAAGCCCGGCCGACGCCCCGCUCUCUGUCACGCCAAGGCUCACAAACCAAUCUAAAAGGCACCACUGACUAUCCAACUUUGCUGCCUCUACCCGGCCCUCUUGAGAGCAUGUUGAAGACAACAACAGAAACGGGAGACAUUGGCGCUUUCUCCAUUAGGCCUUCAGCAACAUUUCAUCAACUCCCUCGUCAGCGCUCUGCCUUCUGGGAUGACGGGCUGAGGUCGACGCCAAGAAGACAGACAGAGUCGGUUGAGAGGUGUGCAGGCCGUUUCCGCAGAGAGGACGAUCGUAGACGACUACCAUCAUACCGGGACCCAUCUACAUCAGACAUCAUAUCAAUGUAUGGAUCGGGAAGUCAGAGGUCUGGGUCUAGCUUUCGUCCUCUCCUCCUUGACGAAAUGGGCCCAAGAUCCUAUUCCAUGACAAGCAGCUAUGGCGCACGAAAUUACCAUCAAUCCCAUUCACAUUCUAGUGGUCAUGUUCAUGGAUCUUCUCCAUCUUACCUGCAACGACCACGCUCACCCUUUCCAUACCCCACCAGGCUCAAGCGGCCAGGGGUUCGUCCUUCUUCGCCGGCUCUGACAGAGAAUGGGAAUGUUGAUUAUACUCGGAUGAUUGGGAUCGACCAUGUUUCAUAUGUGACUGACCUCACGCAGAGGACCGACUAUCAUAGAUCAUAUAGACAGCCGCCGCUAUAUCAUCAAAGCAGUCAUCGAAGACCCCCUCUGUCACUCAGGCCAGAUGUCAACCGCCCCAUGCGCUCAUAUCCCAGCCAAAGCUCCUAUAGAUCUAAACGAACAUCAUCGUCUGGAGUAGGGCUUCACGAGCAAUACGCUCAUGGCCGGCCGGUGAACCCUUGGAACCAUCAUCCAAGUGAGAUCAGUGAUUACGGCCCCACAGAUAUGAAUGCUAGGAACUCAAGCUUUGGAUCGAUCAUCGACAAGUACCAGUAUUCUUCGCCUAUAGAUACAGGCUCACAGAACCUCCAUGUACCCUCAGGACCGUUAUAUUAUGACUAUUCCGAAGACUUCGAUUAUCCCAGACAGGAGAGCAAUUAUCGAUCUCGCAGUCCCUUGGUGCCAAUGUCAGCUCAGACCACAAACGCCCAUCGCGCCCUCGGCCACAGUGAUGACUGCGUCAGCUACCCCAAAUCUCGAUUUGCUCCCUCUCUCAGCGGCUCAUCGACCCCAAACGCAGAUGAAGAUGCAGGAAGAAACUGGCUUCGGUGCAAUGAUCAGUCUAUAGGGCCUCAUCUUCCUGUACCCACGUCCACACCCCUUGGGACGCAAGACUUGGCUGCACAACCACAAAUCGACGCUGGAUCUCUCAUAGAACCGCUAGGACCUCAGGCAAGUCGCGAAAGGAGCCAGAUCUCACCAGUGACACCAUUCGAGACAGGCCCAGCAAACUUCCCAACAGCCAUGCAGUCAGCAAAGAGAGAGGCCUGGUGUCCCCAACCAACUUUCUUGGAUGAAAAUGAGCAGGAGAAUUUCAACACUGAAAGACGAAAGGCCAAAUCAUAUACCGGACCCAUAUCGUCGGUCCACUAUGCACAAUUGACCGGAACGGUACGCCGCCCAUUGAAUGCUACCGAGAGUCUCACUGUCGGUGACCCAGCGGAGACAGCGCUUGUUAGGUCUGGGGGUCCUCCAGUUGAGCCAACAGCAGCCUUAAGUUCUCAUGACAAUCCAAACGAUCCUGGUUCUUUUGUCAACAAGUCACAAGACUCAGAUGUACACUGUGAUUGUGCAUCGAAGGACAUGGUCGACAAGCGGGCAAAGACUCACAGUCUCACAUACCUUGAUGAAUCCAAAGAAGGUCUGGAGACAGUGAAACAGGGCAGACUUUGGCGUUCCCCUUCAUCAAACGGUCUGAUCGAGAAGACCCGGAUGAUUCAGUCCGUUCGUUCACUUAACAAUGAUUUCCAAGCGACCCCUUACAGGGAACAUGAUCCUCAAGCCCUAAUGCGUCGCCAUAGGAGGAACCAGGCUAUGUUGAGAAUAAGCCAGAGCAGUGGGCGGAACCUACCAGCAGGCGGUUCUCCAUCUCGGAUCGGGACCCCAAUUUUAGCGCCCAAGCCCAUUUCUCCAGCAAAGGAGCUCCGGGUCAGGAACAGCAUACCUCAGCUUAUGAAAGCGUUGCCUGCGCUUCCUGGAGAUAGCCCUCCUGUGUCUUCAAGCCCGGACUUGCUGAGCGAAGACGCGGAUCAUGAAAAGAGAUCUACUCUGAUGGCCCCCAUCAUUGUGUCAACUAUAGGAGGCAAUAGAAAGAGCUUGAUCCAUCCAAUGAACCCAGAGAUGUACGGUUCCGAAGCCACUGAUAGUGCCGAAGGCCAGUUGAAUGCUUCAGAUGUCGGGUUGCGCCUAGCCAUCCCAGCGUCAAGGCUCUCCACUGACCAAUCUUGGAUACCGCCGUCGGAUUCGCAUUCUGCACCCAAGACUGAUAGAACCGGUACUGAAAGCUUUGACAAGCCGGCGCCUCUUUCAAGGAAGGGGAGAAAGAUAAGACUCAGGGUGCUUCGGGACGCAUUGAAUCACUUGGAUAAUGAUGAUAGUAGUACUGUCAGGAGGUACCCAGAGGCCAAAUGCUCGAACACCAUACUCGAGAUCUCGGAGUGCUAUCCCGAUCAGCACGAGCUUCAAGUCAGUCACGCUCACGAUGCCACUGCUCGGCACGAGAGCGGCUGUCUUGACAACGGGGGUUUUGAUGAAACGGCGUCUCUGCCGGCCAAAAGCCCACCACUGUACCAAGCAGAUUUAGAAGAUGGUUUGACUCGUGGGAAUUCCUUGGAUACACACCUCGAGAGGCCACUUUUAUCGGGGACUACUAUAAUUGCGACGAGAACAUCCGAUACAUAUGACCACCCUUCAGUCAAUCAGCAAGUAAUAAGCUCGGAUAAGCAUCGGGGUCCACGAAAACAUUUCUCCAGAAUGAAGCUUAGGCUUACUGAGUCCCUGACAAGACGGAGCGGCCAAGAACUAGCGGAGGAGCUCAGAGGUUUCGAGGCCACUAAUCCCACUGCUCGCCCCGGACGGAUUGAUGAGAUCCAGCUGCUGUCGUCGAGCGGAGAGGCCGCCUCUUUGGCAGAAAAGCUGAGAUCAGACAGGACAUCCGAAAUCGCAAGGGUGCAUAGCAAAGGAAGGGUUAGACAGAGGUUCUCACGACUAGUCAAGGGAGCCAGAAAGACAUUUCGCUUGUACAUGUACAAACGGCCUUAA